ACCCUGUUGAAUAUCCUACAUUCGGUGCUGCGAUUUAAAAAUAUCUUUCCUCUUUUCAAAGCGCACCUGUAAUAUUUGCUUAUCAUCUGUCGAAAAUACAGGGUAUUUAUAUUGCAAAAAUGGCGCUACUUUAUACAAGACUUCUGUGCCGACGCAAUGUUGAUUUUCGACAUUUUCGGGCCCUAUACACAUCCAGCCCUCUCUGCAUAACAAUAUCAAAUCCUUCACGUAUAACAUGUGAAUCUCAUGAUGAGAAGAAUAUGCGUCUAAAGAGACCAAUGUCACCGCAUUUGUCAAUCUAUGAAAUCCAGUUGACAGCUCUACUUUCAAUAACACAUCGGACUACUGGCAUAAUAUUAUCUUCUUAUGCAAUGUUCCUUGGUUUAGGUACAUUGUUUAUACCAGGUGGUAUCCCCUGUUUUAUAGAAAUAAUGGAGAGCCUAUGUUUAUCUUCUCCCGUAUUGUUCGCUGGCAAGACAUGUUUAGCCCUGCCUGCUACCUAUCAUUUAUUCAAUGGAAUACGUCAUUUGGCUUGGGAUAUGGGGAUGUUUCUUUCAAUCAAAGAAGUAUAUAGCACUGGAUACACAGUAUCUGCAUUGUCAAUUAUUUCUGCGCUUGUACUUGCAGCAAUGUAAGAGUAUUAUUCAUGUGUCAGGAGACAAUUUUUCUUUACAAAUUAGUUGUAUUGUCAAAUCGCUUCAAGCCUAUACUGUAUUAUUAAUACUGUUGUAACUACUGAAUAAAAUAAUAGAACUCGUACAUA